UUGUAUUUUUUUUUAUUUCUUAUUCCAGUUUUGGGAUUUUUUAUCCUUCGCCACUGAUCUCUUCCACUCCAUUCAUUUUUUCCUGCACUUCUAUCUAGGGUUUUUUUUUCUGAUUUUUUUAAGUUUAUGGUGAAAGUUACAAAAUCUCAAACAAUAGUCUUGUUUGUUACUUUUUCUCCCUAAAAAAUACACCGCCAUUAUAUUUGUAGAGAGAAAGAGAAAUCUGGUUAGGUGACUGAACUCUGUUUCUUCGUUUAUUUACGGAGUAGUCUAUCAAACAGUUCAAUUUUUCAUAUUUACAGCAGUGGAUAUUCCUAUUGAAGCCAUUGGUACCAACAACAAAAUCUCGCGUUGCGUUGGUGAGAGGGUCUUCUUCUUGUGCUGAGAAGGACAUAAAAGACCGAUAUUUCACGUAAUCUAAGACCAACAUGCAAGCAGCUUCUCAUUGCUAUCCUCUUGUUCACUUUUCUGGAAGAGGCAGGUAUAGUAAGGUGAGUAAUCACUCAAGUGUAAAAAUUUUGAGCUUGAAUUGGCUUCCCCAGAAAUUUGACUUUGAUCAAGGAGCUCAGAUCCAGAAGAUUCUAAAAUCUUCCAAACUGAAAAGGUUCUGUGUGAUUCCUAACUCUAAUGAUGGUUAUCCAAGUCUCUCUGUUUCUGAAGAGGACACAACUGCAUCUAAAAAAGACACAUCUACAAUGGAAGAAUGGGAAUUUGGAGGAGAAACGUUCUUGAGUAAGUGGUCACCUCCCAGGUACUUAUGGAGGGGAUUAUCAGUUCUUAUUUUGGCAGGACAGGUUAUUAUUAGGAUUAUAAAGGGUAAAAUCCACUGGAAGAAUACUUUUCAACAGUUGGAAAGAGUUGGACCCAAGUCAGUUGGUGUCUGUUUGUUAACUGCAGCUUUUGUUGGCAUGGCCUUCACUAUCCAAUUUGUUAGAGAAUUCACUAGAUUAGGGUUAAAUAGAUCCGUUGGUGGAGUGCUGGCCCUUGCCUUUUCAAGAGAGUUAAGUCCAGUUGUCACAUCAAUUGUAGUUGCCGGGCGUAUCGGUAGUGCAUUUGCUGCAGAACUGGGCACCAUGCAGGUGUCUGAGCAGACAGAUACGUUGAGAGUUCUCGGUGCAAAUCCUGUUGAUUAUUUGGUGACACCAAGAGUGAUUGCUUCCUGCAUUGCCUUACCGUUUUUGACCCUAAUGUGCUUUACAGUUGGAAUGGCAUCCAGCGCCCUGUUAGCUGACGGUGUUUAUGGAAUUAGCAUAAACAUAAUAUUGGAUUCUGCUCAGAGAGCUCUCAAGUCAUGGGACCUUAUCAGUGCGAUGAUUAAGUCACAGGUUUUUGGUGCAAUUAUAUCCAUCAUAAGCUGUGCUUGGGGAGUCACCACACUGGGAGGUGCUAAAGGGGUUGGAGAGUCUACAACUUCAGCUGUAGUUUUAUCUCUUGUUGGCAUAUUCGUAGCGGACUUUGCUCUCUCAUAUUGUUUCUUCCAGGGUGCUGGUGACUCCCUGAAGAACUGUAUGUGACAUUUCUUAUGUAUUCCAUUUUUUAAAGUUCCACAAUAUGUUAAAAGUUUAUUGUUUUCUACCAAAAUGAAAUAUGUUAAGGAGUAUAAACUCUUAAUUUAAACCAAUAGUGCGAAUUCUAAAUCAAUUAGAAUUUGGUACCUGUUAUUGUUCUUUAA